GAAAGCGCGUCAUCAUGGUACUCUUUCAGCAGGCCAAUCACAUGCUAGCUUGAAUCAUGUUCGGGAGUGCAGCGACUCCCGCCGGAUCGGGAUCAAAGACAGCGGGCCAGAUGUGAGUAGAGGCCAACAACCAAUUCCACAAGCCAUCUGUUUACCACUUCGCUUUCAACUUUCCGCCCCGACUAGACGCUUUCACCACACCCUCAGGGGCUCCCGCCUCUUCUCUCCCCAGCAUACAAUAUGUCAUCAGAAAAGUCGCGCGAACACCAUGACGGCAGCAGCGGCCGCGCCUUCACCGUCGACCAAAAGGCCGCCGUCGUCCGCGUCCGUAAAUGCAGUCCCACAGCCUUCUACGAUAUCCUAGGCCUCGAAUCGGUCAAGAAAACGGCAACAGAAUCAGACAUCAAGAAAGCAUAUCGCAAACUCAGUCUCCUCACGCAUCCGGACAAGAAUGGCUACGACGGUGCAGAUGAAGCCUUUAAAAUGGUCGCUCGCGCUUUUGCAGUUCUGAGUGAUUCGGAUAAGAAGGCCAAGUUUGAUCGCUUUGGAGGUGAUCCGGAUAGCAGGUUCCAGGGUGCGAGUGCCAGUUCGGCGAGUCCCUUCUCUGGCGGUGGUGCUACGAGGAGGGGUCCGGGUGGUGGUAUGUUCGAGGAAGAGAUUAGUCCCGAAGAUCUGUUCCGUCAGUUCUUUGGUGGUGGUGGCAUGGGUGGUGGUGGUCCAUUUGGCGGUAUGGGAGGUGGUCCCUUUGGCGGCGGACUCUUCGACGGCCCAGGAUUUGUGUUCAACAUGGGCGGCGGCCCUGGUGUCCGCGUUCACCAAUUCGGCGGCGGCGCACCACGACGACGACCUCAACAACGUGCAGACCCCAACGCACCACCCCCGUCUCUCCUACAAUCACUACAAUCGCUCCUCCCACUACUCCUCCUUUUCAUCUUCCCCCUCCUUAGCGGUCUCUUCUCCGGCAACGGCACUCCGUCAGGGCCCUCCGUUCGUCUCAACCCUGUCCCACCAUUUACACAACAACGCGUCUCCUCCAAUUUCCAAGUUCCGUAUUAUGUCGACCCUCGCGAAGUCUCGGAUCUUACGGCGCGGAAAUUGAAAGAUCUGGACAAGAGAGCCGACACACAAUACGUGCAGAAGCUGUCGAACGAUUGCGAAUUAGAACAAUCAAGGCAGCAGCAAAUGUAUCAGCAAGCGCAAGGUUUCUUCUUUACUGAUCAGGUGAAACUGCAAGAGGCUAGGAGAAUGCCAUUGCCUGCCUGCGAUAAGUUGAGGGGUUUGAGGGGUUAUAGGGUUUAAGACGACUUCUCUUGAAUGCCUUUUCUGUUGGUUAUCUUUCUUCCUUACUCCUCCUCUCUGGAUUGACUUUUAUGAGAAUAGAGAUGAGCUUUUUUCUUCCUCCCUUGUAUAUUCCACUUUUUCACCUCUUUGCAUGGCGUUGCGUUUCAAUAAUCAGUGAGUAACCUUUCUUCACGAUCUGGUGGUCUGUACAUUUCAUUUAUCUUACGAGGAUCUACGUCUUACUACAUUCCAUUGCCAUCCUCCUCCUCUCACUUGCCUAGCUACUCUCAAUCGCUUUUGGUGAUGCU